AUGGGAGGCCUCGAGGUUCGAUGGCCUAAAUAUCAGCCGAUGGAGUCCACCCUUCGCCUGGUUGGCUCCAAAAUUAAAUGGAGACCUGCUCAACGACACCUUGUGCAGCUUGUCAUAGCCACGGGAGGUCUCCUUUUGACAGUAUGGCUCUAUCUCAACCUCGCCCCGGCAUUGCCAUCCUCCUCCUACUCCUCCUCCUCUCCCUCAAUAAUGGACCAAGCGAUCCAAAAACAUAAUCAAACGCAGUGCAUCGACUUUGACCCAGCACCUGUGUCAGAAAAGUUACAUUCGACCAUAAAGCUCGAGAAACAUACCUACAAUAACGAAGAUAUUUCGGAAUUCGUCUGCAGCAUCAUGAAUCACGAUAUGAAUCUCACGGCGAAACUUGACUGCUCUGCAUUUAUUGACUCUCGCUAUGGACAUCUGCGACCAUCCCCUUCCGCCUCCCCCCCGAUCCAAUACUACUUCGCAUUAGACCUCUAUCAGGCCAUGCACAUUAUCCUUCCGCUUAUGGGAACUAUCAUCGAGACAAUGCGUUAUUUGGGACCAGAGUACUGCGCACUAUCUAUUGUGGAGGGCCGUUCGACAGAUGGAACAUACGCCAUUCUUGCCGGUUUAAAGACCGAGCUUGCCGCCAUGGGCGUACCCUACUUCCUUUCCCGGAGUUAUUUAGACCCCAAAGCCUCGGGCGAAAAUCGAAUCACGGCAUUAUCACACCUCCGCAACCUCGCUCUAGAACCGUUAAUUGAAGAGGGCAAAAAGAAGAAUGGUCGACUUUCCGCGAAUCCGACAAUCCUCUUCAUCAACGAUAUCGUGCUUUGCCCGGAAGAUAUUCUUGAAUUAUUACAUCAGCGCGUUCUACAGUCCGCAACAAUGACAUGUGCUUUUGACUGGAACGCGAACGGGGGCUCAUUCUACGAUUCCUGGGUCUCGCGCUCAAUGUCGGGGAAUCUUUUCUUUGAGGUCACUCAUGAUAGCCAGCACUGGUUGGCUGAUGAUAUGUUCUUCGACCACCCCGACAGCGCAUCUCGUUGGGAUCACUCUCUCCCGAUACAGGUUUAUUCCUGUUGGGGUGGAAUGGUGACUCUAGAUGCGGCACCGUUCAUUGAGGGCAAGGUGAGAUUCCGUAGCUCGGAAAAGGAUGAGUGUUACAUGGGAGAACCGAUGACACUCGCCAAGGAUCUGUGGCGUCAGGGUCUGGGCAAGGUUCUCGCUGUACCUUCGGUGAAUGUUGCAUAUGAGUAUGAUCGAGCCCGCGAUGCAAAGGAUAAGCGUGGGUAUGUCGACAAGAUUGUCGGCCAUACUCAAUAUAGCAAGGAGGAGGAGAUGGUGAAAUGGCAGAAGACCCCUCCACCACAGGUGAAGUGUAUGCCAGUGUUUGGCCGACAGUGGUGGACCACGCCGGUUUAA